AUGCUGAACCGUAUAAUGAAGAAGAGAGCGCUGGAACACAGCAGAUUGGCUAAAGAAUGGAAAUCAAAGUCAUGUGUUUCCCACUUUCAGAGGUAAGUUCAGCAUCACCAGGCACCAGAAGGAGUAGAGGGAGAGUUCUUGUUUCCUUCUUCCCUCCCACCUACACUAGGGGCCAAAAUUGUGGAAACCUUUUGGAAAAAGUAUUUCUGAGGUUUGAUGACUCAUAACACCACUUUUGGGGGGAGUAACAGCACAAAGUGCAAGUAGAUAAAUAGGUACCACUCCGGCAGGAAGGUAAACAGCAUUUCCAUGCGCUGCUCUGGUUCUCCAGAAGUGGCUUAGUCAUGCUGGCCACAUGACCCGGAAGCUGUACGCCGGCUCCCUCGGCCAGUAAAGCUAGAUGAGCACCGCAACCCCAGAGUCAUCUACGACUGGACCUAAUAGCCUGGGGUCCCUUUACCUUUACCUUUUACCAUAAAAUUUUAUAUCAAUGGAAAGACAAUUUAAUGAAUGUAAUGCAAUAACCUUUAUGAAGGAUUAUUUAUUACGACAGCAGACUAAAGAAACUUGUUAGAAGCAACCCAGCAAUAAAACCCAAUUAACAGAGGCAAUAAUUCAAUCUUGGUUUCACAUUAUUACAGCUGCAGAACUAAAAAACUUGGUUCACUCCUUGGGAAGGUGUUGUAAGGCCAUCAUUAAAGCUACAGGUUACCCAACUAAGUAUUAACUGUCAUGGUGAGAAUUUCUGUAUACGUCAUUUUUUCUGUGUGUUGCAUGUUUAUUCUUUAGGACUGUUGUUGUCAUAAAUAAUCAAAGUUAUUGCAUUACAUUCUUCAUUAAAUCAUCUUUCCAUUGAUAUGUAAUUUUAUGGUAUUACUCCAAAAAAAGUGGUGUUAUGAGCCAUCAAACCUCAGAAAUACACUUUUUCCAAAAGGUUUCCACAAUUUUGACCACUAGCGUAACAGCUGCUAUCAAGACAACAGCCACCAUCAUGAAACUGGCCUUCACAGUAUGCCAAGGCCAACAUUGGCAGACACAGGGGCUGGGAGACUAGGAGAGAGGACUUACCAUCCUUGCCGUUCUGCAGCCCAUCUAGUCCAGAUUUCUCUUCUCGUGGUGGCCAACCAGAUGUCUAUGGGAAUCUCUUGAGAAGGACCUGAGCGCAACAGCAUUCUCCUCACUUGUAACUCCCAGUAACUAAGUGGAAUUCAGAGGCACGCUGUCUCCAACUGUGGAGGGAGAACAAGGCUAGUAGACACCAAUACAGUUAUACCUCGGAAGUAGAAUGGAAUCCAUUCCGGAAGUCCGUUCAACUUCCAAAACGUUUGGAAACCAAGGCACAGCUUCCGAUUGCUGCAGGAAGCUCCUGCAGCCAAUCAGAAGCCACAGAAGCCGUGUCAGACAUUCAGGUUCCAAAGAAUGUUCACAAACCGGAACACUCACUUCUGGGUUUGCGACGUUCAGGAGCCAAAACGUUCGACUCACAAGGCGUUCAGGAUCCAAGUUACAACUGUAGUCUUAUUCUCCAUUACUUUAUCUAGGAACUACAGGUCCCAUGUGGCAUUGUCCGAGCACAUCAAUGCCUAAGUGACAUUAUGGGAAUGAGCCUGCUGAUGUGCCCCAUUUUUUUAAAAAAAUAUCCAGUUUAGAACUCUAGCACGUUAUUACAUUUCCUUUCAAUUUUUAGCUUGUCUUGAAAGUUUUAUUUAUCAUACAUGACACUUUUAUUUAUUUUAUGUAAUCAAUGGAUAGGAUGGAUCUACACGGGGGGGCGCUAUAAAUAAGGCAUAAAUUACAUUUUUAUAAGAAAAGAAAAAAACGCUAUGUAAAAUGGCAUAGGAAAGUUUUGUGCUCUACAGCGCCCUCUGGUGUUGCAUGUUUAUAACACAUUUAAAACGCUGUUUUUGGACUAAUGUAGCUGAGGCCAUAGACCACCUGCUUUAUUUCAAAAUGGGUUGUAAUUAAGAGGGCCAAAACUCUAAAGCAUACAUUAAAGCACAACACAGACCUACAAAUAACAAAUAUCCAAACUAUUAGAAUAUUAAAGCACUCAAAAGAACUUUAAAAACACUGUAAAUCCUGAGCAACACGAGGCAACAAUUAACAGUUGGGAAAUGCCUGGUCCAAAAGAAGAAGCAUUUUUCAUAAGUUUCUGAAACCCAGAAAGAUUGCAGGAUUGAGCAGAGAGGAGCUGGAGGUCUCCAUUCAAGGAAAGUGUACGGAAUUAAUGGACCUAACUUAGUAGUGUUUUCAUUAAUUGCAAUGAGUAAAACUUUGUACCAAGAAUCAUUCCACCCUUUUAAAAAAAUACACCUGAAUGAUAUUCCAGCUGCACAAAAAACAAAACAAACAAAUGUGCACAUAAAACUAGAAUGUGUAAAGAAUGCCUGUUUUGUCCUUUAUACAUUGUUGUUCUUGUUACACUUGAAAUGUUCUUUCUUACCUGAAAAAAAAUGACAUAGAAACAAUUAUUUUAAAAAUGAAUAAAUAUGUCACCACCAUUUUAAUACUUCAUUCACAAACCAUGAAAUGGGAGAGGCUUUUGACAUUUUUCAGGGGACAAACUUGGCGUGAACGCCAAAAUAAUGAUUCAAGGGUGUCUUAUGAACGCUCCUCUGGGACUCCACCUGCAACUGCUAUUUUUUCCCCAGAAGUCACGUGGGAAUGGCAUUCCAUGAGCACAUAGCGACAUUCUCAGGACGUGUGUGUGUGUGUGUGUGUGUGUGUGUAAAUGUGGGCCAUGAGAUGGUCUGAGGGCACCUUUGAAUGCCACUCAACCCAAAUUGGAAGUGGAAAGUUCCCACAGAUGGAAAAAUAUAUACUAAUAAAGCUGUAUUCGACGGAUGAAAGUAUAUGAUGUUUGACAUAAUUGAGAAUUAUGGACUCAAGGACGGAGAAUUAUAAAUGUAAUGGUUCUAGGGAUUGCUCGUGCGUAAGCCGGUGCAAACACCUGGCUGGAUUGCCUGAGUGAACCUUUUCUGUCCGGACAGCCACUCACCCGUGGCUGUCUCAAUCGCUGGCAGAAUCCGUCAGUGGGCGUUUCUUAAACUUCUUCCAGCAAAGAAGCUCUUUGACGCCUAGUCUCCUCCUACUCUCUCUGCGCGGAAGCCUUCUGCACAAGGAGGGCAUAGGCAGCGGAGGACCUCUACUCUCCCCACUGGUCCCUGGCAAGGAGUCAUGGGACCGCCUCGCCGCUUCCCCCAUCUGCCCCCCUUCUCCACUGGUGCUACGCUGAUUCUCUUCCCCAGAAGAUGGGCUGCCUCUCCCAAUCCCGGGACGCUGUCCGGAAUCCCUCUGGAUUUUGCUCUCUCCCUCCGGCACUGAUGGCAGUUCCCUGACAAUAAAGCAUCAAAAUCGAGAUGUGGAAAAUAUGGAGACAACGAGGAGAGGCAGGACUGAGAUGUGGAGAUAUGCUUCAGAGAUCCAGACCAUGGGGAGCUCCAAAAAAUUAAAAAAAUUGGACUAUAAUUUGGUCUUUUUAUUUUAGUUUUUUAUUUUAAUUGGAGUAUUAUGAUUGGAUAUAUUAAUUUGAUGUUUUUUAUUGGAAAAUCAAUAAAAAUGAUUUUUUUAAAAAAAAGGAAUUGGAAAGUUCCCCUAGAAAUUUAGGACACCUAAGUCAAAACUAUUUUACAGCUGCCAUGCUCCAUGUUAUAAAAAAAGGCUUGUGACUACUAAAGUAGCUUAAAUAGAUUCUAAAUUGACGAAAACACCUAAAUACACAAACAUGUUUUGCUAUGGAGUUAAACCAUUAGGACCAGAGUGACUGUGGCAUUGCAGUCAGAUGGGUGGCAUAUACUACACCACCACCACCACCAUCAUCAUCAUCAUCAUCAUCAUUUUUCAGAUCCAGGGUCCAAAUUUGGCACGCCAGUCCUCUCUGUCCAGCCCUCCCGACUCUCCAUAGGUCACAUCCUCACUGACUGAGUUGUGCGCCCUCAAGUGCUUUUGUCUGUAUGUGAUCAUUCAUCUUCUUGGGAUAGGGGAAGGAGAGAUAUGCCUGCAUGUAGAAACAUCUGGCUUUGCAGGGCCAGGAUGCAACCCAUGAUACGAAGGUGCAGAUUACAUUCAUUGCCCUACUCACCUUUACCUCAGGCUCCACCCGGGUGGCGCUGUGGGUUAAACCACAGAGCCUAGGGCUUGCCGAUCAGAAGGUCGCGGUUCGAAUCCCCGCGACGGAGUGAGCUCCCGUUGCUCCGUCCCUGCUCCUGCCAGCCUAGCAGUUCGAAAGCAUGUCAAAGUACAAGUAGAUAAAUAGGUACUGCUCUGGCAGGAAGGUAAACGGCGUUUCCAUGCGCUGCUCUGGUUUGCCAGAAGCGGCUUAGUCAUGCUGGCCACAUGACCUGGAAGCUGUACGCCAGCUCCCUCGGCCAAUAAAGCGAGAUGAGCGCCGCAACCCCAGAGUCAGCCACGACUGGACCUAAUGCUCAGGGGUCCCUUUACCUUUACCUUAUGCCCAUCACUGGAAUGCGGCCCUUGUAAGAUUUCCCAUGGGGGAAUGUGGCCCUCGGGCUGAAAAGGGGGUUCUCCACUCCUGCUUUGGAGAGCAAUUUUCAGUUUGCAAAAACAUUUGAAAGAGUACGGUCAAUUCCAGUGUUUGGCCUCACAUUUAGAUGCGUAGCAUGUGUUUUUUUCAGGAAUACAAUGAGGCAAUCAUUGUAGUUUAAAUUUUAAUUGUAGCUAAGCUAAAUGAAGUGCACUGAGUCAUUUAAACUAUCAUAGAAUAUGCAAUUAGAUUUUCCACAACAGACAGGAAUCCUGUCUUUUCCACAUAGGAAAGGAAUGUUGCUUGGUAAGAUUCCUGUUAAGACUGGGUUGGCUGUUUUGACAGCGCGGCCAGAUUAAAGUACAGACAACACUCUAUAUAGGCAAUGUUCCUUGCAACAGAAAAGCUCGGGUGGAUUAAUAAAAGGGAUCGUCUCAGGGAUGAAGCAGUUUCAUACCUGUCAGUCUAUGGUCAUGACAAUAAUAAUAAUAAUAAUAAUAAUAAUAAUAAUAAUAAUAAUUUAUUAUUUAUACCCCGCCCAUCUGGCUGGGUUUCCCCAGCCACUCUGGGCGGCUUCCAAAAGAAUAUUAAAAUACUGUGAUACAUCAAACAUUAAAAGCUUCCCUAAAAAGGGCUGCCUUCAGAUGUUAUGUAAUAGUAUCAGUGGUUUCAAAUUUCAGUGGUACCUCCCUAUGCCCUUUUUAUUCAGUGUGAGGUAAAAAGAUAACACUAUCAGAAUGGAAAAAUCUGUCCAUUUCAGUCCUCUAAGUUUCACAUUUUCUUCCAGACUUAAAUUCAGAUCUCCACAGUGUGCAAUAAAUAAAUAAAAAUCCCUCUGAAAAUCAGCAUUUUGCUGUAUUUCUCCUAACAAACACAUUUUGUUUGCAGUUUUGACUAGUAUACCAAGCAAUUUCCCUGAAUAUAAUGCAUUUCGGUAUGUUAUUUUUCACUGUGCAUUUUUGGGCAUAUUGUUGUACACCUGCGUCACAAAAUUCAGAGAAGUGCGAAUUUCCAUUCGCAUAUUCAUUCAAGAAGUAUACAUCAGGUAGUUUCUCAUUUAAAUGCAAAAAAGAGAGAAAAUCUUCUCCAUCCUUAUUUAUGAAUGAUGUAUUAUACACAUUAUUCAUAAACAUUAUAUUCAGAUGACAGAAUAAUCAUGCUUAUCCACCCUCAUACUAAUAUCCGAUUGCUGAUAAGAACAAAAUUAUUCACUUCCCUAAAUACCAAGGAGUGUCCUUAUGCUCUAACAAUCUUCAGUGCCAAGUCAACCACAAGGAGGAUUCCAAACAAUACAAAGCUGGUUGCAAAAUAUGAUAAACAUCAGUCUUGAAGGAAAUGAAGCAGCCCUGUUUAGGGAAGUUUUUAAUGUUUGAUGUUUUAUUGUGUUUUUCAUAUAUUCUGUUGGGAGCCGCCCUGAGUGGUUGGGGAAACCCAGCCAGAUGGGCGGGGUAUAAAUAAUAAAUUAUUUUUAUAAUUAUUAUAAAUGUUCUCUUCAGUUUGGAGAGCAAAAAUGUAUUGUGAGUGAGGCUUCCCCUAAUUGUGUGAGGUUCCACAUGAUGACUGACGUGUUCAAAUCAGAGGCAGGAGUGGUAACAGCAAAACUGAAACAACAUCAGUGGUUUUGACUCAGCCCUGCUUCUUACAAAAUGGUGGCCAUCUUGUAUCUUUCGCCUGGGAAGCCUGACAUCACACACAUAUUUCUACUUUUUGUUUUAGAAUGUUGUUUGCCUACAAUCAACGCUGGAUUUGUGGCAGUAUGGGCAGUUUCCCCGCACAGGGCACAAAGGUUGUUCUCCAUUUUGGGGCUAACAAAUCACGGGCCGCAGUAGUGGCAUACAUAAAUAACCAUUUUUGACACCUGGGAAUUUCAGUCUGAAUUAUCCCCAACAGAAAGGACUCUGGUUUUUCUGGGAAAGUACUUUUAAACAUUUUUUUUUUCCAUUUCAUUAUGGAUCAUUUAUUUAAAAAUGUGGGGGGGGGGAGAUGUUUGAAUUCGGGUCUCCCCAGUCCAAGUCCAGCCCACUCUAACCACGUUAUCCAAUUGGUUUUAAUGCUAGCAUCAACAAAUGGGUGUCAGCAACAGAGCUAGCCCAAGACAUAUUGUUUCCUGAGGUAAAGAAACAAGAUGGCAGCACCACCCCAUUCCACAUACAGAAACCAACUGGACUGAACAUUUAAUCUUAUUUCAAUACUGACGAUGGUGCAGCAACACCUGAAGGAAACGCAGGGCAGGCUGCAGAGCACACACAGUUCUGGCCUCAAGCAGUUGAGGAAGUGGGGGCUGCCAUCACUGCUCCUCUACUAUAUGCCUCCUGAGGCAGUUAACUCACUCUGCUUCAUCAUAGGGUCGGCCCUGUUCACAUUCAGAUGUGCCCAUCCUCAUCCGAUGACAUUUUAAAGUAAUCAUCAACGCCUUUAAGUAAUUUUUUAAGGCCACAAUCCUAUAUCCACUUGCCUGGGGCUAAACACUAUUGAGUUGAAUGGACAUGCGUAGGCUUGCAAAGUUAAUGCCCAAUAAAAUUCAAAAGGGGAACCCAUUAGAUCAGGGGUCAGCAAGGUUUAUCUUGCCUGGACCAGAUCGGUCCCGCAGAGUGGGCCGGAUCAUGAGUGCUUGAGUGCGUGCGCGAUUUUUGACAUCUGUGCAUGCACAGACGAGAUUUUCGGUACCGCGGAAGCGAGUCCCUGCGCUGCGCUGUGCCGGUUUAGCGCAAUGUGUGAGUGGGCAGCUCAGUUCAGGGCCAGUCAUACGACCUCCGCGGGCCGCUUCCGGCCCAUGGGCCUUAGGUUGCUGACCCCUGCAUUAGAUUUAUUAAUGUAACUGGGGAAAGAGAACAUAAUACAUAUGUUUGGGGAAUACUUGCUUUGGUCAAGCAAAUGGGUGAGAAAAUCACCGUAUUGGCCUGAAUAUAAGCCUCACUUUCCCCCCAAAUUCCGACCGUGAAGAGUUAAAGUGCAGCUUAUAUUUGCAACCUUACGGUACGCAGCCAGGAGCACAGGGCAAACAGCACCAGGAGUGAAGCAAAGAGGCACCCGCCCCACGUGUAGUCCCCCAUCCUUUCCCCCCAAAAACCGGGAAGGGAGAGAGGGAGGAAGGGGGAAAGCCACCAGCAAGGCAGCGUCCGUCCGUCCCCAGUAUGCAGUCAGGAGCAGCGAGGAAUGGAGUGGCUUAUAUUCGGAUAUUUUUUCUCUCCCCCCCCCUCCAAUUUUAAAGGUGUGGCUUAUAUUAGGGUGCAGCUUAUAUUCAGGCCAAUACGGUUCCUGAAAUUUGUUGACAAUCAUUGCCCAUGUUGUGUUUUAAUUGUUGCAGACGACAUCACUUAAAUCUUCUUAUUGUCUUUUGACGUUUUAAACAGGCUUAAAAUAGUUUAUAGCUCUCAGAAUAGACCUUUCCAGAGGGGCUGCAUUCAUUAAGAUACCAUUUUGCUUGUUUUUUCAGACUAUGCCUGCAUUUUAAAUCGAGGAAGUGGCACCAUCUGCUGGAUGAUAAUGAAAGCUUUGUUCCUCUUUUUGGAAAAAGCCAGUCAUUGUACUUUUCUUCACCCAUUUCUCGACUUCAAGGCGGUUGA